AUCCAAAUUAAAAUAUAAAAUUUCAAAUAUUCGGACAUCGAACAUCCGGAUGGCUACAGAUAGAAUCAUAUCGAAUAACUGAUUAUCAAAAAAAAAACAGAUAGAAUCAUGAAUACUUUCAAAUACCCGAACAUAUUGCAAACGAUUUGAACAAUCUAUUGCAACUUUCAUCUUUAUCAAUUAAGACAUUAAACAUUCAAAGAUGGGGUCAGUCAAAUAUAUUAUUCCUAUCAUCAUGUCAAUAACGAAUGUCUUACAGAAUCGACCCCAUUAAAUCAAACUAAAACCUAACCUUUGGAUUUUAUAAAACAAAAGCAAAAGGCAGACAAUAAAAGUUGGUUUCUCGUAAAUAGCGCAACAGUAACUCUCUGGUUAGACUUACAGUAUAUACAUACAUUAAACAGCUUUCACCUUCAACUCAUAGAACUUCUCUCACUCAACCAUCUUAACACAGCUUUAUCUUUCUUGAAAGAUUUUCAAUUUCAUCUGUUCUCAAAAUGGCGAAAUCAAAAAACAUCUCUACAAGUCAAAGAUUGGGUUGUGAGAGUCUCCUUGGCUGUAUUUUCGAAAGUUGGAGCCCUCGCAGGCGGAAACCCUCUAUACCAGAGAAAGAUCGCAAGACAACAGAUUACUUGCCUCCCAAGUCAACCACCAUUACAAACCCUAAAACCCUUCCAAGAAAAUCAACAGAUUCUUCUUCGCGAAGUAAACCAAGAAAGUCAUCAGAUUCGGCCAGAAAAUCGGUGUCGUCGGCUUCACCAAGACCAGAGAGCAAGACGUUUUCACCUAACGGCGUGAUGGGAAACAUCAUCGUUAAACCACAGCCCGCCGUUAACUCUACCGACGUGGCACAGACGAAUGGUCGGUGGGAGGGCAAAACGGUAAACUACAGACUUUGUCCGGAGGAUCUGAAGAGAAUGGGAAACGAAGAGUAUUGUCGUGGACGGUUUGGAGAAGCUCUUGUGUUUUACGAGAGAGCUAUCUUAGCUGACCCUAAAACGCCGACGUAUUGGUCUAACAAAUCGGCCGCUUUGAUCAGUCUUGGUCGUCUUUUAGAAGCUUACGAUGCUUGCGAAGAAGCUUUAAGGUUAAACCCUAAUUACGAGAGGGCUCAUCAAAGACUCGCUUCUCUCCAACUCAGAUUGGGCGAGGCUGAAAAAGCUUUGUGUCACUAUAACCAAGCUGGAAAAUACACAGAGACAAGACAUAUAGAACAAGUUGAAGAUGUAAUAAAAUGCUUAAGGAGGUGUGAUGAAGCUCGGAGAUCAAAGGAAUGGAAUAUUGUGUUGAAAGAAACUCGCUCUGUAAUAUCGUAUGGAGCAGAUUCUUCUCCUAGGGUCCAUGCGCUCCAAACCGUGGCACUAUUGCAUCUACAGCGACAAGAAGAAGCAUACGAUGUGUACCAGAAAGGAACAAAACACUUUGAUAUCGAUAUUUACAUAAAGAUGUUUGGUCUUCCCAUCACUUCUUACCUCUUAAUGGUCGGAGCUCAGGUCUACAUUGCAGCGGGAAGGUUUGAAGAUGCAGUAACGGCGUCAAGUCAAGCGGCUCGACUGGAUCCCAGUAAUGAAGAAGUCAACGCAGUGGAUAGAAAAGCUAGAGCGGUUGCUGCGGCGAGACUCAGCGGAAAUUUACUAUUCAAUGCGUCCAAGUUUGAAACGGCUUGCGUGGUUUACACGGAAGGGCUCGAGCAAGAACCCACCAAUGCCCUCUUGCUAUGUAACAGAGCCGCAUCAAGAUUCAAGAUUGGUCUGUACGAUAAAGCUAUAGAAGAUAGCACAUUAGUUCUUAAUCUCCAGCCAUCGUACCGGAAGGCUAGACGGCGCAGGGCUGAUUCUUAUGCGAAGUUGGGGAAAUGGCAACAAGCUAUGCAAGAUUAUGAGUUUUUGAUGAUGGAGACACCUGGAGAUGAGGACACUAGAAGAGCCUUGGCUGUGGCAAAUGUCCGGUUAAGGAAACAGAUUGGUGGAAAUGUCCGGUUUAAAGGAUUCGGAUCGGGUUUAGUUGUUGUGAAUGAGAUGGGAGUUUUGGUUUAGAGUAAGUUGAAUUCUAUAGAUUGUGUCUGCUUGUUUGCUUUGUUUUACUAAAAAGUCAAGUUAUUUGAUUUGAUCGAUUUCUUAAUUUAGGGGGAUGUUGUGUGUUUGCUAUCAAAAUUUUGUAUAAAAAGAAAUAAAAUAAAGCCUCAUCACAUAACGGAAAUCAUCCGAUAAUUUCUCUUUUUCGCAAACUCAGUAUAAUAGUUUUGAUACUUGAAGCCUGAGUACAGAUUAGAAAUUUCAUUCAAAAAAAAAAGUGCAGAUUAGAAACAGCAUCUCAUGUCAAUUCCUUCGAAGUCUUACGGGUUUGUGGGCACAGCUGAAUUAAACGAUAACAUUUGUGUGUUCUAGCUUGAUGUGUUAAACCAACCAUGUGUAAUAAACUUAUCAGAAAUUGACAAACCCUCUAAUCAAAUAAAUUCACUAGGGUAAAGUAUGAUAAUCAAAUAAAUCAGUAAUAUUUGAUAAUCAAAUAAAUUUACUAGAGUAACUUAUGAUCAUCAAAUAAAUUCACUAGAAUAACAUAUAGAUAAGAUCAAAUAUAUUCUUUAUAAUUAGUAUUGUUACGAUAAGAGUUAUUUUCAAUACUACUUAAGAUCUUAUUGUAAAACUAAUCCUAGUUUACCACAAGAUGAAGAAAGAUAUUAAGGUGAAUGAAAUAGACUUUCAUUAUAGAUAUUUCAUAUUUGACAAUACUCAUACGUAGGUUUGUU